GGGGGCAUGAUGCAGUUUAUGUUGCUCUUUAGUUGCCAGGGGAAACUGAGAUUCCAGAAAUGGUAUCUGACGGUAUCUGACAAAGAAAAGAAGAAAAUCACAAGGGAACUUGUUCAAACAGUGUUAGCCCUCAAACCAAAAAUGUGCAGCUCUCUGGAAUGGAGAGACCUGAAGAUAGUCUACAAAAGAUACGCAAGCCUCUAUUUCUGCUGUGCUAUUGAAGAUCAGGACAAUGAGCUAAUAACUCUGGAAAUAAUUCAUCACUAUGUAGAAUUUCUUGAUGAUAUAGUCUUCAAUUUUGAAAAAGCCUCUUUCAUUCUGGAUGAGUUCCUUUUAGGAGGAGAAGUUCAGGAGAUUUCCAAGAAAAAUGUUCUCAAAGCCAUUGAACAGGCAGAUCUCUUCCGGGAAACAGAGACCCCACAUAGUGUUCUUGAAGAUCUAUGUCAAUGA